GAAAGUGCACGAUCGCCACAUAACUAUACUACAUCGUCAACAACAUCAUAGCAUAUCGUCAUGGACUUCUUAACAACGUGUCUACUAUUUGUCUGCGGUUUGCUGGGAGUCCGGCUAGUACAGCUUCUAAUUUCGGUGAAGCGUGGCCAAGGCGCCUCCGCCGUUAUUCCCCGCACGAAGCCUGCACGCACUAUGAUCGUUAUGGGAUCAGGCGGUCACACAGCUGAAAUGCUACGCAUUGUCGAGCGCCUAGACAGUGAGCGCUACUCGCCGCGACAAUACGUGAUCGCAAAUACGGACAAAACGAGCGUAGUGAAAGUUAUCGAGAGUGAGAUCCGGCGGCAGCCUGAUCCAGCCAAACAAACGUAUGAAAUAAUUACAAUAACACGCAGCCGAGAUGUGCAUCAGAGCUACAUCAGCUCCAUUGUGACGACUACACUAGCCCUGUUCAACUGCAUCCCGAUCGUCCUGAAGGCUCAACCGGAACUUAUUCUCACCAACGGGCCUGGGACCUGUGUGCCGAUCUGUUUGGUUGCAUUCCUGGCUCGUCUACUCUUCAUCAAUACCAAAUGCAGAAUAGUGUUCAUCGAAAGCUUCUGUCGCGUGCGUAGCCUUUCAUUAAGUGGCCGUAUAUUACUCUACAUUGUGGAUAUGUUUGUUGUUCAGUGGCCAGAGCUGCUAGAACAAACGGCCUCCACACGGGAAGACGUUCGGUGCUUUGGACGGUUAUAA